AUGGCUUCCUCUUCCACUGUCUCUUCUGCUUCUUCUUCUUCUUCUUAUUCCACUACUCCUAAACCAAAAUACAAAGUCUUCAUUAGUUUCCGAGGUACGGACACCCGGAGCAGCUUUACUAGUCAUCUGUAUGAAGAACUGUGCAGGGAAAAUAUUGCUACUUUUAUUGAAGAUAAACUUAUCAAAGGAGAUCAAAUUCCUUCAACUCUUUUCUAUGCAAUCAAACAAUCGAUGAUCUUGGUUCUCAUUUUCCCUGAACCAUCAACAGAUGUAAGGAACCAAACUGGCUCUUUUGGUGAAGAACGGUUUAAGGAUGAUCGAGAAAGGUUGCAGAGAUGGAGGAUUGCUUUGAGGGCUGCAGCCAACACAUCUGGCUUCGAUUCAAAUAUCUAUAGGUGUAAUGCUUCAUUUGGCUUAGGAAUUGCUAUAACUUCAUCCUUGUUGGUUUCAAAGGCUGCAUGGAGGCUUGAAGAUGGCUUGGAACCCAAGAAUGAUAAUAGAGCCAUGUAUGGAUCAUCUUCUCUAGGCUGA